AUGGCACCUCGCGAUCCCAAGAAGCUUGCUAAGAAGACCGCUUACCUCGACAGAGUGAAGGACCUCCUCGACACUUGCGAGAAGAUUCUCAUCGCCUCCGUUGAUCAUGUCGGAUCCAACCAGUUGCAGCAGAUCCGUAUUGGUCUCCGUGGCAAGGCCAUCAUCGUCAUGGGUAAGAACACUAUGCUCCGUACCGCCCUCAGACAGUACGAGGAGGAGCACGACGCUGAUCUCGGCCAUCUCUUGAAUGUCAUCAAGGGUAACAUCGGUCUUAUCUUCUGCAUGGCUCCCAUCGACGAGAUUCGCUUUGAACAUCGCCACUAA